GAUUCUGGAGGGACGUGGAACCUCUGCAAGAGCCACCACCCUCGGCCCAGCGGAGAUAAACUAACGAGUUAGUCCGCAAGGUGAAGGCGAGAGGUUGUGGAGGUGGAGGUGGGACCAAUUGAACGGCGGAACCAAUGUGCGGGGCGAUGUGUCUCCCUUCACUCGGGCCGCUCGGCUCCAGCGGCCGACACCCGGUCAGGGUCCGGGCGCAGUGAUGUGGGUCUCGGCCGCGGUCCGGUGCGGUCUCCGGGCGGCCGCUCCCGCUCCGAGACCCCGGCCUCGGGCCGCCCCCCUCCCGCGGGGCUGGGUGCCGAGCCGGGCGUUCAACGACGGGGAAGGAGAGGCCGAGGCUGAGGCUGAGGCCGAGCAGGAACUCGAGGAGUUAAUCAGGGCUGAGAAGAACAAACAGAAAGCUAUUAAAUACCGACGAAUUCAGGCAGAGUUUGGGAAUCGUGGAGCACCUCCAAGAACUCUAACGACAGAGGCCCUGGAGCAAAUCAGGUUUUUGAAGGCAAAGUUUCCGGAGGAGUGGAGUGUGUCACAGCUGGCCAAGGGGUUCUCAGUGAGUGAGGAUGUCAUCCGGAGAGUGUUGAGGAGUAAGUUUGUCCCUUCGCCGGAGAGGAGGAUGAAACAGGAUGCAAAGGUAGCAGCAGUGACGCUGACUCUCUCUCACAGAACCAAACAACCGACCAUCAGUUUACCGAGUGUGUCGGCCCCAGACAGACCCAAACUGGUCACAGAUCAGGCAUCUCUGGCCAGACUCUCUCAGGGGGCAGUCACACUUCCCAUACCCCCCGACAGCAGAGCCAGGGAGAAGGAGGUGGGAAGGAUCAAGCCUAUUCAGCAGAGAACUUGUACCGAGCUCACCGACCAGGGCGUUGUGAAGGCCAACACCAGGAUGAAGGAAGCCACUAGCAAGGAGCGGGACGAGUGCAGGGAGACCUGUGACACGUCCGACAUGGAGCAGGUUCCGGCUGGUGGAAUGAUGGACGAGGAGUUGGAGAAUCUCGCUGUCAAAAGGCAGGAAAAUCAAAUAAACGUUAUACAGAGGGGCCACGAAUUUUAUGACCAGAAGGGCAACUUCCUUUAUAGGAUUACUAAACACGAAUAAUCCCAAACAAGAAUCCUGACUUGUGCACUUGGGGUGCUUGUGAAAGAGGGAGUCUCGCUUGUCUGUGGCCCCUUCUGUUACCUGGGGAUUUCCAGAAGUGCUUUACAACCAGUCAAGUCAUUUUUGACAUAGUCAUGGUUGUUCUGUAGGAAAUGCCACCAAUCUGCACACAGCAAGAUCACACACAACAGCAGUGCGGUAAUGAGCAGGUCCUUUGUUACAGUGAUAUUGUUUAAGGGAUAGAAUUUCACCAGGGCACCGGUGAGAACUUCUGUACCUUUGAAAACCACAAUGGGAUGUUUUCUGAUUGAUGGGACUUCAUUUAGCAUCUCUUCAGAGGUACUGCAUCUCUGCCGGUGAGGUUCGGACCCACAUCAGCCUUGAUCUGGAGAUGGGAGUUCUGCCGCGGAGCCACGGCUGAUGCACAAACACAGCAAUGCCUCCUGGCCUCGUGUGCUCGCUGCAGUGCAUCAUGUGACUGCUGGUUGCUUCUGAUCCCUUGCCUGAGCAGACGUCCUUUGUGAAUCGUGAGAAACUCCACAGUUGAGCUUGACUUGACCCUGGGCAGAUGGACAUUUUGUCACAGACGCAGGGUGGGAACAGCACCCUGUUGAAAGUGUGGUCGGAGGUGGGGCAGGGAUAGAAUCGUGGAGUCAGUCGUGUUCUGGGAAAUGAUCUGCUGAUGAGACGGUGGGAAUCCGAGCUGCAAGGUGUAAAGCAACAGAUGUGUUGGGUAUCAGCUGUGGAAACCUUGGGUAGUGAUAUUGUGUGCUAAUGUCACCGGGAAUAACUGCCUCACAGUGCACUCUGCACCAACCAAGAUUAUCCACAAUCAAAGCCUUUGAAAUAUUUCUGCUAAUGUAUUAAAAUUAAUUCUUGCUGUCCAACAGUGUGGGCUCAUUUUGUACAGGGUCUGUCAGAAUUGAAUUAGAGAAUAAGGUUGCACUGUCCUGUCACACCCUCCCAAGUAAACUGGUUCAUGGCCUCCUGACCCCCUGCUGUUUCUGUGGGCUGGAUGAGAUGGUGUACCAUGUCUCUCUGGAAUGUGAGGUUGCAGCCCCAGUUUGGAUACUUUGACUUCUUCUCAGGUUGUGGUUGUUCAACCACCUCGCUCCUAAUCUUUGGGCACCCAGUGUGGAUGGGACGAGUCAGUCAUGUGACCUUCAUGUCAGUCUGCUCCUGGGCUUGGCCAAGAUGCCAUUCACAGGGACAGGUGUUGAGGGUUCUGUCCGAGCUGAGUGUAUGUUCAUGUCUGGGUGUCCCCAGAGAGGGAGCAGGUGGUGUGUGCUGGCUCACUGGAUCCCUUCCAGGACCAGUGCACACGGAUAGGUGAGGAUAAUGUUUUAACUGUUUUGCUGUCCGUGUUGUAAGUUUAUUGUAAACACACAACAGGGACGUGGAGAUAAAGGCCAAAAUAGAAAAAUACCAAUAGAAGAGACAGAGUAAAGUUUUAUUCAUCCUUUGAGGUUGGAUGAUGCUUAUUAGUAAACUCUAAUCCUGAAAGUGCGGUGGAAGAAGAGUCUUUGAAUAUUUUUAAGGUGGAGGGAGAUAGGUGCUUGAUAAACAGGGUGGUGAAAGGUUACUGCAGGUAGAUGGCUUGUAGAGUUCAGUCGCAAUCAGAUCAGCCCAGAGUGGCUUACUCCCAAUUCAAAUGGAGUGUUUCAGUCUAGUUCUGUGGACUAUGGUAAAACUCUUGAGUCCAGAAUCCAAUUGUUCGGAAAUCCUGAGCAUCCAGUAUCUGGCUCACUCAUUAGUCCAGGAUAUGAGCUGGAGGUCCAGAGUGUGAACGGGCCAUGUGUCUGGAGCCAGGAUUGGGGUCUGGAGCCAGGGUCAGGAGUGUGUGCAUAUUUCCCACACCUAAGCUCACAGGGUUCACUGGAAAAUGCAUUGUACUGCUGUGUAAGUGAAAUAAGUGUGUUGGGGUAUUAAUGGGAGUGACAUUCCAUAGUCCAGAAAAUAUGCUAUUCCAGAACCGCCACAGUCCCGAGCUGGAUUAUCGGAGUUUAACUGUUUGAUGUUGGACCUGAAGGUACUUUACAUGAAUGUGCCCAAUAUUGUUCUGUGUGCCUUAUGCUAAAUAAUCAGUUGAAUAAAGAUUGACAUUCAUCAUAGAACAGGAUAGCACAGGAACAGGCCCUUCGCCCACAAUGUUUUGUUAAACCAAUUACAUUAGUAAUAAAAUGUACAACUUCUGCCUGCACAAUGUCCAUAUCCUACCAGUUCCCUCACAUCUGUGCCCAUCUAAGAGCCUCUUGAAUGCCCCUAUUGUAUCUGCCUCCACCAUCACCCCAGGGAGCACAUUCCAGGCACCCACCACUCUGUUUUUUUAAAAAAAAGAAACUUGCCCCACACAUCUCCUUUGAAUUUACCCCCAUCACCUUAAAUGCAUGCCCUCUGGUAUUAGACAUUUCAACCCUGGGGAAAAGAUACUGUUAGUCUACUCCAUCUAUGCCUCUCAUAACCUUAUAAACCUCUGCCAGAUCUCUCCUCAGCUUCUGCUGCUCCAGAGAGAGCAACUCAAGUUUGUCCAACCUAUCCUCAUGGCACAUGCCCUCUAAUCCAGGCAGUAUCUUGGUAAACCUCUCCCGCACCCUCUCCAAAGCCUCGACAUCCCAUAAUGGGGCAACCAGAACUGAAUGCAAUACUCCAGAUGCAGCCUAACUAAAGGUUUAUAAAGCUGCAGCAUGACUUCCUGACUCUUGAACUCAAUGCCUUGACUGAUGAAGGCAAACAUGCAAUAUGCCUUCUUCACUGCCCUAUCAACCUGUGCAGCCACUUUCAGGCAGCUAUGAACUUGGUCCCCAAGAUCCCUCUGCUCAUCAACACUGUUAAGGGUCUUGUCAUUAACAGUGUGCUGUCUCUUUACGUUUGAUCUCCCAAGGAGCAACACUUCACACUUGGCCGGGUUGAACUCCAUCUGCCAUUUCUCCGCCCAUAUCUGCAACUGAUCUAUAUCCCGCUGGAUCCUUUGCUGGUUUUCUACACUAUCCACAACACCACCAAUCUUCAUAUCAUCUGCAAACUUACUAACCCACCCAUAUACAUUUUCAUCUAGGUCAUUUACAUACAUCACAAACAGCAGAGGUCCCAGUACGGAUCCCUGAGGAACGCCACUAGUCACAGACCUCCAUCUAGAAUAAGUCCCAUCUAACACUACCCUCUGUAGUCUAUGGACAAGCCAGUUCUGAAUCCAAACGGCCAAUUCACCGUGGAUCCCAUGCAUCUUAAUCUUCUGGGUGAGCCUCCCACGCGGGACCUUGUCAAAUGCUUUAUUAAAAUCCACGUAGACAACAUCCACAGCUCUACCUUCAACAAUCACCCUCGUCACCUUGUCAAAAAACUCAAUCAAGUUAGUAAGGCACGACUUGCCCUGCAGAGCCAUGCUGACUGUCCCUAAUUAUGAUAUCUUUAUUAGACACAUAUACAGUGAGAUGCAUCUUUUACGUAGAGGGUUCUGGGGGGCAGCCCGCAAGUGUCGCCACGCUUCCGGUGCCGACAUGGCACGCCCACAACUCCCUAUGUCUUUGGAAUGUGGGAGGAAACCCAUGGAAUUACGGGGAGAACAUGCAAACUCCUUACAGACAGCAGUGGGAAUUGAACCCGGGUCUCUGGCGCUGUAAAGUGUUACACUAACCGCUACACUACCGUGCCUGCUAUGGUUUUUCAAAUGCUCAGAAAUCCUAUCCCUAAGAAUCCUCUCCAGUAACGACCCUACUACUGACCGGUCUAUAGUUACCAGGAUUAUCUGUUUCCCUUCUUGAAUAAUGGAACAACAUAAGCUACUUACCAGUCCUCCGGGACCUCACCUGUGGCUAGAGAGGACACUAAGAUAUUGGUCAAGGCCUUCGCAAUCUUAUCUCUUGCCUCUCUCAAUAACCUGGGGUAUAUCCCAUCGGGCCCUAGGGACUUAUCCACCUUAAUACUCUUAAAGAGACAAGUUUGCAGAUGAUACCACCGUUGUAGGUUGUAUCUCAAACAGUGAUGAGUCAGAGUACAGGAAGGAGAUAGAGAGCUUAGUGGAAUGCUGUCAUAACAACAACCUUUCCCUCAAUGUCAACAAAAGAGCUGGUCAUUGACUUCAGGAAAGGGGGUGGUGUACAUGCUGAGGUCGAGAGGGUUGAGAGCUUCAAGUUCCUGGGAGUGAACAUCACCAACAGCCUGUCCUGGUCAAAUCACAUAGAUGCUAUGGCCAAGGAAGCUCACCAGCACCUCUACUUCCUCAGGAGGCUAAAGAAAUUUGGUUUGUCCCCUUUGACUCCCACCAACUUUUACUGAUGCACCAUAGAAAGCAUCCCAUCUGGAUGUAUCAUGGCUUGGUACAGCAACUGCUCUGCCCAGGACCGCAAGAAGCUGCAGAGAGUUGUGGACACAGCCCAACGCAUCACAGACACCAGCCUCCCCUCCUUGGACUCUUGUCUUUACCUCUCGUCGUCUUGGUGUAGCAGCCAGCAUAAUCAAAGACCCCACCCACCCGGGACAUUCUCUCUUCUCUCCUCUCCCAUCGGGUAGAAGAUACAGGAGCACGUACCACCAGACUUAAGGACGGCUUCUACUCCAUGGUGAUAAGACUAUUGAACGGUUCCCUUAUACAAUGAGAUGGACUCUGACCUCACGAUCUACCUUGUUGUGACCUUGCACCUUACUGCACUGCACUUUCUCUGUAGCUGUGGCACUUUACUCUGUACUGUUAUUUUUACCUGUACUACAUCAAUGCACUUUGUACUGACUCAAUGUAACUGCACUGUGUAAUGAAUUGACCUGUACAAUUGGUUUGUAAGACAAGUUUUUCACUGUACCUCGGUACAAGUGAC